CCAUGUUGGUUGGCGUGUGGGUGUCAAACGGAGCUGAAAGCUGCAGCGGCUCCGCGAGCUCCGGUCGCUCCCGCUUGCUCAGCGAUACUGGCGGCCGCAGCCGUGCACCCGGGCCAGCCGGGAGGAGCGGAGAUGGAAAAGGUUUGUGUAAUUCCCAGACUCGAGUCCCUCCUGCAGAAAGCCCACAGCACAGUGGACACUCACGGAACCUUAAGAACAGACUUACCAUCUGAGAACCACUCAGUUUACCCAGAAGCAUCACUCAGCUCUGGCAUAUGGUGGUGCUGGGAAUGAACCUCGAACCUUUGGUAAUGCAGGUCAUGGCUCCUGGUUGUGUGAACCUGAGGCUUUCACAGAGGAAAUGACUGUCAUCAGGGCACUUGCUGUAAACCUCCCCCAGAGCCCUGACCUACGCAGGGCUGGAUCUCAGCCCGGACAGGAAAGUGUCUUCCUCUGCAGGCCUGCUCCUCUGUGACCCAGCAGCUAAAGAUGACGACUUCAUCUAUUCGGCGGCAGAUGAAGAACAUUGUGAACAACUAUUCGGAGGCUGAAAUCAAAGUGCGAGAGGCCACCUCCAAUGACCCGUGGGGCCCAUCUAGUUCUCUGAUGACGGAGAUUGCUGACCUAACCUACAACGUGGUGGCCUUCUCAGAGAUCAUGAGUAUGGUGUGGAAGCGGCUCAAUGACCAUGGCAAGAACUGGCGGCACGUGUAUAAGGCACUGACACUGCUGGACUACCUUAUCAAGACAGGCUCUGAGCGGGUGGCCCAGCAGUGCCGUGAGAACAUUUUUGCAAUCCAGACACUUAAGGACUUCCAGUACAUCGACCGUGACGGCAAGGACCAGGGCAUCAAUGUGCGUGAGAAGGCCAAGCAGCUGGUGACGCUGCUCAAAGAUGAGGAGCGGCUCAAGAGUGAGCGGGCCCAGGCACUCAAGACCAAGGAGCGCAUGGCCCAGGUGGCCACUAGUGUGAGCAGCAACCAGAUCACCUUUGGCCGUGGCUCCAGCCAGCCCAACCUCUCCACCAGCUACUCAGAGCAAGAGUAUGGCAAGGCUGGGGGCUCCCCUGCCUCCUACCAUGGCUCGCCCGAGGCCUCCCUGUGCCCCCAGCACCGUACAGUGGCCCCACUGGGUCCGAGCGAGGAGCUGCAGCCGCUGAGCCAGCACCACCCUUUCCUGCCACACCCGGGGCCGGCCUCCCGCCCCAACGGUGACUGGGUGCAGCCUUGCCUCACUUGUGACCAUGCAGCCCGAGCCACCUCCCCACGGGUAUCUUCUGAGCUGGAGCAGGCCCGGCCCCAAACAAGUGGAGAAGAGGAGCUCCAGCUACAGUUGGCCUUAGCCAUGAGCAGAGAAGUAGCUGAGCAGGAAGAACGCCUGCGGCGGGGUGACGACCUCAGGCUGCAGAUGGCCCUGGAGGAGAGCCGGAGGGACACAGUCAAGGUGCCCAAAAAGAAAGAGCACUGCUCCCAUUCACAGCAGACUACCCUGCUAGAUCUGAUGGAUGCCUUUCCUAGCUCGGGUCCUGCUGCUCAGAAGGCAGAGCCUUGGGGCCCAUCUGCCUCUACAAACCAGGUCAACCCCUGGGGUGGGCCAGCAGCCCCAACCAGCGCUGUGGACUCCUGGCCAUCAUUCAGUGCCAAGCCCGCUGCAUCCGUGGACCCCUGGGGCUUGCCCACUGCAGCCAGCACUCACUCUGCCCCCAAGAGCUCAGACCCCUGGGCAGUCCCACAGCCACCUGCCCUUGUUGCUGGGAAAGCCCCUGAUGCCUGGGCCACAGCAUCAGCCUCCAAGUCCACGUCUGCCUCCGGGACUGUUGACCUCUUCAGUAACUUGAAUGGCACAGUUAAAGAUGACUUUUCUGAAUUUGACAACCUCCGAACUGCAAAGAAAACAGCCGAGAAGGCAGCUUCCCCGCCCUCCCAGAAUAAUGGCACUGCCAGUCCUGACCCCUUUGAGUCUCAGCCCCCAACAGUCACCUCCAGCAAGCCCAGCAGUGCCCGGAAAACACCUGAGUCCUUCCUGGGCCCCAACGCUGCCCUAGUGAACCUGGACUCCCUGGUGACUAGGCCUGCCCCUCCGGCCCAGUCCCUCAACCCUUUCCUGGCUCCAGGUGCGGCCACUGUCCCAACCCCUGUCAAUCCUUUCCAGGUGAACAGGCCUCAGCCUAGGACACUGAACCAGCUAAGAGGGAGCCCCGUGCUGGGUUCCAGUUCAUCCUUUGGACCCAGCUCUGGUGUGGAGCCCAUGACUGUGGCCUCCACACUCUCCACAACCUCACACACUGCUUUGGGGGCAGGGGGCUCCUCUCUGGCACCCCUGGGCCCCCCUACAAUGAACAUGGUGGGCAGUGUGGGCCUCCCCCCGUCAGCAUCUCAGGCCACUGGCACAACCAACCCCUUCCUCCUCUAGUGCCUGGCCUGGGCCCCACGGAGAGGCCGCUGGAGCCCUGCCUGGAUGCUGAGCAGGGACUCUGUGUGUUGUGGUGUCCCAGAGCUGGCGGGGGUGUGUGGGGGAGGUCUAGUUCCAGCUUCCUGCCCAGGCUUGUCUGCAGCCCUGACCCUUGGGCAUGAGCAGUGGGCUGGGCCCCUCCAGCCUUCACUACCCUCCUUGCUCAGGGCCUGGCCCUGGGGAAACUGGCUGACUCUCUUGCCAUGGAGGGGGCAGUUGGCAUGGCUCCUGCCCCAGCCCAAGGGGCUCUGGGGCAAUGUCAACCCAGCCUUCACUGCCCACUCCUACCCUCAGAGGUCACAGGCAUGGAAGGGCCACCUUACCCCACCAGACAUUGUCCCAUGGAGGGGUGCGUGGACAUGCAUCUUGUCUCUCUACUCACCUGAGUUCACAGUGAGCACUACCCAUGCGGCCACUCUGGAGUGAGCCCUCCAGAGCGAGUUUCCCACUAAUCCGAGCUGACCUGCCACGCAGCUCUGUGCUCAUCCGAGUUUGCACACCUUUGUUUAGUACAGUUUCCUAUUUGAGUUUGCAGAAUACCUAAUAGUCUUUUUUUGGCUAAUAUUUUUAUAAUGUGGUUCUUAUUUAACUGUCUAGUUUUGAUAGAAUUUACCAGGUCUGGCUAAAUGAAGAUAUUGGCACCAUGUCUCAUUGGUGGUCUAAGUGAACUCUUAUUUAUGGUUUUAACUCUGUAAGGAACUGUCAAAAGGAAGAGUUUUUUAAAAAAAAAUGCCUUAUGAAAAAAAAAAAAAGACCAAGCAAAUUCUUCAUAGGAAAACAUGAGAAUUUGACUACACAUAAGACACUUUUAAGAAAAAGCAACAGAUACCUAGCCUUCAGUUGCCUUUUCCUUUCUUUUAUUCCUUUUUUUAUGAAUUUACCAAGCCAAGUAAGUCCUAAGAGAGAGGCUAUUUUUCUUACUUAUGUAACAUCAGGAAAGUCCAAGGGGGAAAAAAAGAAAACCUGCCUUUGAAUGUGACUCAUCCAUCUCUAUCAGCUAAUUCUGUUCCAUAACUGAAGGCGCGUCCCACCUGACAAGGACUCCGGUUGACAAUAGACACAUGAGCUGGAAGAACCUGGGUCUGAGGUCUCUGCUGUCUACCCCGUGACAGGGACAGUAUGGCAAUGGUGCUUGUGUGGUCAGGUUCUGGGGGGGAGGGACCAGGGCGGCCCCUACUUGUUCACCCCAGAGGCACUUCAGACACUGUGACCCUCAUCUCAGAUGAAGAAGAGGGAGAGAAAUUCAUUCUCACAGCAUCAUUUCUAACUACAUGCACUAACCCUCCUUCCUCCAAUGCCCAGCCUCCUGCUCCCUCCCCCAAGCCCCAGUGGAGAAAAAGAUUUGUCACAAAUUAAGACCAGAAAACAUUUGUUUCUCCCUCCCCCAAGCCCAAGCCCAAGCAUACCUAACUAGCCAGGGGCACUUCAGCCUGCUUCCCCACUCUCACUGCAGGGGCAGCUGCCACUGGGUGCCCCUCCUGCAAGCCUGACCUUAGCACAGGUCACCUCAGGCCUGGGGAGCUGAGAUACGGCUCUUCCCUUCCAUGGCAUCACCAUGCUGGCCCUUACCCAGGCCCUCUCCCCCAACUUCUCUGCCAGGCCUAGAGCCCCAGGCUGGACCACAGGGCUCCUGUCACUCCAGCCUGGGAGAGGCUGUAGAUGGAUCAAGGGUGGGGGGUAGGCUGUGGGACAGGACUCAACUUGGCACGGUGCUUUCACCCCAGUCACUUACAGAUCACAGACCAAACUCAGUUGUCCUGUCAGUGAUAUCCUGUGACAGGGAGUCCCUCCUGCUGUGCCCUCUGGCCCGUGUUACAUCCUCUAGGCCACCAUGGCCCAAGAAGACUACCACCCCACCCCAGCCUUGUCAGCCCUGGCACCCCAUGCCUAUCCCCAGUGCACUGAUCAUGAAGCUGCCCACUGCUGGCUCAGUCCCAGGGGCUGGUGGCUGGUUCUGAACUUGUGUUGAAUAUUGCUACUUAUUUACUGUAUAAAUAUAAUUUAUCAUUUGUAUCAUGA